AUGUAUUAUUCAGAAGAAUUAAAUUUACCAAAGACAGACCCAUCGAAAUGGAGACUAAGAACAGAUCCAGUAGGUAGAGAAACAUGGCACUAUAUAACAAAUGAAACAGACCUAAAAAAUGAACCACAAUCAAAUUAUGUAAAAUGGUUAUUAAAGACAUCAGAUUUCCCUCAACCCCAACCAGAAACGAUUGAAACUCCCACUAAGUCAAUGGAAAAGGGAGCUGAUUUUUUGAAAUUACUUCAAUUAGAUAAUGGAAUAUUUCCAUGUCAAUAUAAAGGGCCGAUGUUUAUGACAAUUGGGUAUGUUGCUGCUAAUUAUUAUUCUGAAAAACCAAUACCAGAACCUUAUAAACAAGAAAUAAUAAGAUAUAUAGUUAAUACAGCAAAUCCAGUUGAUGGAGGUUGGGGGUUACAUUCAGUUGAUAAGUCUACAUGUUUUGGUACAACUAUGAAUUAUAUAUGUUUAAGAUUAUUAGGAUUACCUUCAGAUCAUCCUGUUAUUAUAAAAGCUAAAAUAACAUUACAUCGUUUAGGUGGAGCUUUGAAAAAUCCUCAUUGGGGUAAAGCUUGGUUAUCAGUUUUAAAUUUAUAUGAAUGGGAGGGUGUUAAUCCUGCACCACCUGAAUUAUGGGCAUUACCUUAUGAAUUACCAAUACAUCCAGGUAGAUGGUGGGUUCAUACUCGUGCAAUUUAUCUACCAUUGGGUUACUUGCUGGCUAAUAAAGUCCAAUGUAAAUUAAAUUUAACUUUGGAAAAAAUAAGAAAUGAAAUUUAUUUACCUAGUCAGUUACCGUAUGAAUCAAUUAAAUUUAGUAAUAAUAGAAAUAAUGUAUGUGGUGUUGAUCUAUAUUAUCCUCAUACUAGUGUAUUAGAUUUUGCAAAUUAUUUUUUAAGUGGAUGGGAGAAAGUAAGACCAAAUUGGAUGUUGAACUGGAUAAAUUCCAAAACUUAUAAAUUAAUUGAAAAAGAAUAUUUAAAUACCGAUUAUUUAUGUAUUGCACCAGUAAGUUUUGCAUUCAAUAUGAUUGUAACUAGCUAUCAUGAAGGUCCACAAUCAAAAAAUUUCAAGAAACUAGUCGGUAGAAUGAAUGAUGUUCUAUUUCAUGGCCCUCAAGGUAUGACUGUUAUGGGAACAAAUGGUGUGCAAGUAUGGGACGCAGCAUUUAUGGUUCAAUAUUUUUUCAUGACAGGAUUGGUAGAUCAUCCUAAAUAUCAAGAAAUGAUACGAAAAUCAUAUUUGUUUUUAGUCAGAUCACAAUUCACCGAAGACUGUGUGGAAGGUUCCUUUAGAGAUAGAAGAAAGGGGGCAUGGCCAUUUAGUACGAAAGAUCAAGGAUAUACAGUAAGUGACUGUACAGCAGAAGCAAUGAAAGCCAUAAUUAUGGUAAGAAAUGAUAAAAGAUUUGCAGAUAUAAGAGAUGAAAUCAAAGAUGAAAAUUUAUAUGAUGCAGUUGAAGUAUUAUUACAAAUUCAAAAUAUUGGAGACUGGGAAUAUGGAUCGUUUUCAACAUAUGAAGGUAUUAAAUCGACUCUUUUAUUAGAAAAAUUAAAUCCCGCUGAAGUUUUCAACAAUAUAAUGGUAGAAUAUCCUUAUGUGGAAUGUACAGACUCUUCGGUGUUGGGGUUGACAUAUUUCCAAAAAUACUAUCCAAAUUACAAAACUGAGUUAAUAAAUAAAACUAUAUCCAGUGCAAUACAAUAUAUAAUUGAAGCACAAGAUACAUUAGAUGGUUCUUGGUAUGGUUGUUGGGGCAUAUGUUAUACUUAUGCAUCAAUGUUUGCACUUGAAGCUUUAAAUAGUGUUGGUCAAACUUAUGAAAACUCAGAAUCUGCAAGAAGAGGUUGUGACUUUCUUAUUUCGAAACAACUUGAUGAUGGUGGCUGGUCAGAAUCGAUGAGAUCGUGUGAAACUCAUUCUUAUGUAAAUAGUGAAAAAUCAUUAGUUGUUCAAACAGCUUGGUCAUUAAUUGGUCUUAUAUUAGCUGAUUAUCCUGAUAUUGGACCUAUCAGAAGGGGUAUAAAAUUGCUAAUGGAUAGACAAUUACCAACAGGAGAAUGGUUAUAUGAAGAUAUAGAAGGUGUUUUUAAUCAUAGUUGUGCUAUAGAAUAUCCUUCCUAUAGAUUUUUGUUUCCUAUCAAAGCAUUAGGAUUAUAUGCAAAAAAGUAUGGUGAUAAGGUUUGA